UUUAACCGCUUGGUGUGCCUCGUUGUCGUUUAUUGAAAAUGAAAAAUGCAUCUCCGUGUGGCCCAGAAUGAAUCCUCCAACUUACUGAUGUGCUUUAUGGCAAGGCCUCGUACACCCCAGAAACCCAAUCAGCAGUCCUAGGUUCCAUGGAGCAACGUGACUGCUGCGAACAUCUGUGAAGGUGCAGCGAAAGGUCAUGUGUUUCUGGAGUCCCUCUACGAGCGACGGGCGCCCUUCUUCAGAGACGUCCGAAUCCUGAAGACAGAUCUCAGUGGAUGCUUUGCCGCCAUGAGGCUGGUCUGGAAGUACGUGGACAAGAUGAGGUGUUUCCGGAAGCGCUCCGCCAUCCCGCUCCUUGGCGUCCUGAUCACCUGCCUCCUCUUCCUCAACCUGUUCAUCGAGGACGGCUAUGUACUGGAGGAGGACAAAAGGCAGAGAGAGACGUCAAUACAUCAGCUGAACUCUGAGCGAUACGUUCACACCUUCAAGGACAUCUCAAAUUUUUCAGGAACUAUAAAUGUGACUUAUCGCUACCUGGCAGGAUCUCCAUUGCCAAGAAAGAAAUACCUGACCAUCGGACUGUCUUCUGUCAAAAGGAAAAGGGGAAAUUAUCUCAUGGAGACGAUAAAGUCCAUUUUUGACCAGUCCAGCUAUGAGGAACUUAAAGAGAUAGUGGUCGUGGUUCACCUGGCAGACUUUGACUUAGCUUGGUGUGAGAGCCUCGUGCAGGAAAUCUCCAGAAAGUUCGCCCACCACAUCAUAGCCGGAAGGCUGCUGGUCAUACACGCUCCCGAGGAGUACUACCCGUCUCUGGAUGGGCUCAAAAGGAACUACAACGACCCCGAGGACCGGGUCAGGUUCCGGUCCAAACAGAACGUGGACUACGCCUUCCUCCUCAACUUCUGCACCAACCUCUCCGACUUCUACAUGAUGCUGGAGGACGACGUCCGCUGCUCCAGAAACUUCCUGACAGCUAUGAAGAAAGUGGUCACCUCUCGGGAGGGAUCCUACUGGGUGAUGCUGGAAUUUUCCAAGCUGGGCUACAUCGGGAAGCUAUAUCACUCCAAGGACCUGCCUCGCCUGGCCCACUUCCUCCUCAUGUUCUACCAGGAGAUGCCCUGUGAUUGGCUGCUGAUCCACUUCAGAGGCCUGCUGGCGCAGAAAGACGUGAUCCGAUUUAAGCCCUCGCUGUUCCAGCACAUAGGGUAUUAUUCGUCCUACAAGGGGUCGGAAAACAAACUGAAAGACGACGACUUCGAGGAGGACUCGUUCGACAUCCCCGACAACCCGCCCGCGAGCCUGCACACGAACAUCAACGUGUUCGAGAAGUACGACGCCACCAAAGCCUACAGCAACGUGGACGAGUACUUCUGGGGAAAGGCCCCCUCCACCGGAGACUUCUUCGUGAUCGUCUUCGAAAAGUCGGCCAAGAUCAGCAAAAUCAAGAUCGUCACGGGGACCGACGACCGGCAAAAUGACGUGCUGCAUCACGGAGCCUUGGAAGUGGGGGAGAAGCUAGUCGGGACCAAAAAGGGGAAACAGUGCACGUCGUACAUAACCUUAGGAGAAUUUAAAAAUGGUAACAUUGAAGUCCGUGAUGUCAACCGGCAGAUCGCAUUUGACAUUGAUUGUGUUCGCAUCGUGGUCACAGCCAGUCAAAAAGAGUGGCUGAUAAUAAGAAGCAUAAGCAUUUGGACUACACAGCCAUCAGGUCAAUAAUUAACUCUAUUAU